AGGUACACCCAGAAAGGAGAAAGGAUGGAAAUAUCGAUCCAGUCAAUUGCGCUGGCGACGGUCCUGGCCGUCCUGACGACAUUGGCAUGGAUGGUGGUGAAUUGGGCGUGGCUGAGGCCGAAGAGGCUCGAGGGGCUCCUGAGACAGCAAGGCCUCUCCGGCAGACCCCACACCUUCCUGUUCGGAGACCUCAAGGAGAUAUCGCGGCUGAUGAGAGAAGCCAAGUCCAAGCCCUUCGGCCUCUCCGACGACAUCAAGCCUCGUCUCUUGCCUCUCGUGCAUCAAUCCUUCCAAACCUAUGGCAAAAAUUCGUUCAUGUGGAUAGGCCCAACACCAACAGUGAACAUAACGAACCCCGAGCUCCUAAAGGAGAUUUUCUCCAAGAUGUACGACUAUCGCAAGCCACCCCGCAGUCCCCUGUUGAAAUUGCUCUUCGGUGGACUCGCUUUCCACGAGGGCAAGAAAUGGGUUCAGCACAGGAAGAUUAUCAAUCCAGCAUUCCACGUGGAGAAGUUGAAGCUUACGUUGCCCGCUUUUUAUUCAAGUUGCACUGAAAUGGUUGGUAGAUGGGAAUAUUUGGUAUCAGAGGUGAGAUCAUGUGAGGUCGACGCCUGGGUUGACCUUCAAAAUUUGUCCCGUGACUUGAUCUCUCGGACAGCAUUUGGUAGUAGAUAUGCAGAAGGCAAAAGGAUCUUUGAACUUCAGGAGGAACUAGCCCUGCUCACGAUGAAAGCCCUUCAAUCAGUCUACAUCCCUGGCUGGAGGUUUCUGCCAACUAGGAUGAACAGGAGGAUGAAGAACAUAGAUAAAGAAGUGCAGGCUCUGCUCAUGGAUAUCAUCCGCAGAAGAGAGAAAGCAAUAAGGGGAGGGGAAGCAGCUGGCGAUGAUCUGCUGGGGCUGUUGCUGGAGUCAAACAUGAAGGAGAAUGCCGGGAUGAGCUUCCACGAUGUGACUGAGGAGUGCAAGUUUUUCUACGUCGCUGGACAAGAGACCACUUCGGUUUUGCUAGUAUGGACCAUGGUCUUGUUGAGCGUGCACCCAGAUUGGCAAGCCCGAGCUAGGGAGGAGGUCCUCCAAACCUUUGGAAGCAGAAAACCUGACUUUGGCGAAUUAAGCCACCUCAAGAUUGUCACGAUGAUCUUGAAUGAGGUGCUGAGGCUAUACCCUCCUGUAAUCACAUUGGCACGAGAGGUUCACAAGGAAACAAAACUGGGGAAGCUGACAUUACCCACGGGAGUCCAGGUCUCGAUGCCGACUCUCCUCAUCCACCGUGAUAAAGAACUGUGGGGCGAGGAUGCUGAGGAGUUCAAGCCUGAGAGGUUUGCAGAGGGAGUGUCCGAGGCUACCAAGAACCAAGUCUCCUUUUUCCCAUUUGGAUGGGGCCCUCGUACAUGUGUUGGCCAGAACUUUGCAAUGUUAGAGGCAAAGAUCGUGCUCGCCAUGAUACUUCAGCAAUUCUCAUUCGAGCUCUCUCCAUUUUAUGUGCAUGCCCCUUGCAAUGUCCUCACCCUCCAGCCACAGCAUGGUGUUCAAGUGAUCUUGCACAAGGUAAACUAGAAAAGUUACAGAUUAGG